AUGAAUAAUCCCUGGAGACGUUUCUUGUGUCGUAUUAGACCGAUAUCUUAUUCAACACCUAGACUGCACCGUAUAAUAUAUCAAAAAGCCGAAGUAACCUCUUCACCUUGUAUUAUUUCUGGUCAUUCUUUUCUUUCCAUCAGAUUUAAAUCUAAAAAGCAAAGUGCAGAUUCAGAUGAUGAAGACAAUUUCUUUGAGGAUGCUACACUGUCUAAAGAUUCAAAGAAAAUUAAAUUCGAUACAACAUCAAUGCGUACUGAUAUUAUAUUGAAAUCCGCAUUAGGAGUAGCUAGAAAUAAAAUAGAAAAAGCUUUCUAUGAGAGUAAAAUAAGGUUAAAUGGAAGGAAAAUCCUCAAGAAAAGUGCUUCUACUAAAGUAGGUGAUGAAAUUGAUAUCAUAAAAGGGGUGAGUCCCAAAAACUCUGAUCACUUAUAUGUUUCUAGAGUAGAAAUAUUAAAUGCAUCACCAAAUGAGGACAGCAUAACAGUCACAGCUAGAAGAUUUAAGACAUUACUUAUUGAAAAUUAUGAUAAAGAUGCUUACAAGGCCUCUGAAGCUUCUAAUAGUGGAGAAAGUUAG